AUGUCGAUGAUACUGCUUUACCUUAGCCUCGUGCUCCUGGUCUCCAAAGACGCAAUCGCACUUCCCCCCCUCUCUCUCAUCCAACCACCGUCCGAGAUCGCGCAACUCAACUCGACGCUGUCACCAAACAUGACGCACUCACACGGCCCCAAAGACCCUCUUAGACUGGUAAACGCAUUCGUCCAACCGCCCAUCGCAGUCACCUUUCAAGGCUACGGCGAUUCCAUCUCUCAAGGCCUCGCAGACGUCUGUCUCUGCAAAGCUCUCGACUACGCCCUGAGCACGCGUGACCAUCCUUCGCUCGCCCCUAUCGAUGUGAGCGAUCUUGAUUAUACGAGCGCGAAUGUAGCGUUGAACUUCCAUCCGGAUAAGGUGGUGAUUUGGGAAGAGUGGAAGAAUGCGCUGUAUCUGAUGCUGAAAUUUGUGGAUGAGUAUGAGACGAGGGAGUUUCUUUUCGCGUUGGAGGUCGAUGGGGGGACGAGGAGGGAGGAUUGGGAUGUUGUGGGUUGGGGGUACUUGAUUACGUAUUGA